UUUCCCGAUUAACAAAGCCUCAUAUUUGUUCUAUUUAAGGGCAGUAGCACUUAAAAAUUUUAACAAAGCAUUGAAAAAAUUGAAAGUUUGAUCAUGGCAUCAACCCAUCAACCUCUGUUAGUCAAACCAAAAACUUCCGAAAGAAAGUUUCUUCUUCCAGUUUUCUCCAUAGCCACUCUCAUUUUCUUAGCUACUUUGUUUACCAUUUAUUCAGUCCAACCCAACUACUUAAAUCUCCCUCCACUGCACCAAAUUUGUGAUAAAGCGGUCGAUCAGGUCUCAUGCUUAGCCAUGGUUUCAGAAAUAGCCUCAACCACUAGCAAGACAAUGAGUGGUGCUGAUCUUUUGGAGUUUUUUCUAAAGAAAUCAACAUCAAACAUUAAAGACACUAUUAAAAUGGCGAUUGAUGUCAACCAACGGAUCAACAACGCCAGAGAACAAGCGGGUCUGGUUGAUUGUGUGGAGUUGAUGGAGUCAUCUAUAGACAGAAUCGUGGACUCUAUCUCGGCUCUUAAAGAAAGAUCCUUUGAUUCAGCUGCAGACGCUCAUCAAUGGCUAAGCACCGUUCUCACUAACCAUGUCACAUGUUUCGAUGGCCUUGAGGGUUCAGCUCGAGCCUCCAUGGAGCCAAUGUUAAGUGACUUAAUAGCAAGAGCAAGAAACUCUUUAGCCAUUUUUGUGAAAAUUUCACCUCCAAACACUGAAUUCAUCCACCCAAUAAGCCAGAAAUUUCCAUCGUGGGUCACUGGAAGGGACAGGAGGCUCUUGGGGGCUCUUCCGAAUGAAGUGAAGGCUAAUGUUGUGGUGGCUAAGGAUGGAAGUGGAAACUACAAGACUUUGACAGAGGCUAUAGCCGCAGCACCAAAUAAGAGCAAGACUAGAUAUGUUAUAUAUGUGAAGAAAGGGACAUAUGAAGAAAAUGUUGAAGUGGGAGAGGACAAGAAGAACAUAAUGAUUGUUGGAGAAGGAAUGAAUUCGACGAUCAUCACAGGUCGCCGCAAUCGGGUUGACAAUUCUACAACCUUCAAAUCGGCAACUGUUGCUGCCGUUGGGGAUGGAUUUAUUGCCCAAGACAUCUGGUUCCAAAACACAGCCGGGCCGGAGAAACAGCAAGCAGUGGCACUCCGUGUGGGUGCUGAUCAAUCAGUCAUCAAUCGUUGCCGCAUUGAUGCAUACCAAGACACUCUUUACGCCCAUUCAAACCGCCAAUUUUACAGGGAUUGCUUUAUCACUGGCACCGUGGACUUCAUAUUCGGCAAUGCAGCCGUCGUCUUCCAAAACUGUAAACUUGUCCCAAGAAAACCCAUGAAUUACCAAGCCAAUAUGGUGACUGCCCAAGGCCGGACUGACCCGCACCAAGCCACUGGGACUUCCAUCCAAAAAUGUGACAUUAUCGCAAGCUCUGAUCUCGAGCCUGUUAAGAGCUCGAUUCACUCGUAUUUGGGACGGCCAUGGGAAAAGUAUUCGAUAACAGUUUUCAUGCAGUCUUAUAUUGGUGACCUUAUUGAUCCGGCUGGAUGGGCAAAAUGGAACGGGAAUCAAUAUUUGAACACAUUGUAUUAUGGGGAAUACUCCAAUGUAGGCCCAGGAGCUGGGACGAGCAAGAGAGUGAAAUGGGCUGGCUUUCAUGUUAUUACCGACCGAACAGAGGCCGAAAAAUUUACAGUGGCGAAGCUGAUUGGAGGAGGGGCAUGGCUGAAAUCUACUGGUGUUUCUUUUACAGAAGGUCUGUGAAUGUGUAUCACAGUGUCAGCUUCUGGUUGUUACUGUUUAAUUUGUAUUUCCUCUUAUAUUUUCCUAAUGCUAUAUGCUUAUAAUUUAGUAUAUCUAUUUAAGAGAUGGAUAAAAUUUAUAAUAAGAUAUAACUAAGGCCUUUGCUUGCCUUAGUUUGUGUCUUGAUUUGUCUUUUCCAUCGAGAAUAAUGAGUGUUGAUGUUGUUGUUA